CGGAGCUUCCCCUUUGCCUAACCAUGUGUCAUUGAGUAUAGAGGUUCUGCACGUUUGAUUUCCCGUCGACUUGACGCUCACAUCCGGCCAUAAUGCUGCCCUGGGCGGCUCGAUCGCCGUGCUGGCGCAUCUCGCGCCUCAUACAUCACCGCCCCGCGGUGCCGCGCUCGACCGCGUGGACGACUCCCUCACGCGCGACGCAAUUGCGCUUUUUCUCAGCUCACAAUAGCCCGUUGCGGAAACAGGAUUCGAAGGAACCACCGUCGAACCAAAAAGUAUCACCCUCCGCCGCGGGGUUAGAUUCCAAACCGACCGAUCCGAAGACGAACGACCCCAAGAAUGCCGUGGCCGCGCCUAAGAAGGACCUCCUCAGCGAGGCGACGAUGGGGAAACAGGAACAAAGGAAGGCCGAUUGGGCGAUCAUGAAGGAGAUGGCCAAGUACUUGUGGCCUAAGGAUGACUGGGGCACCAAGCUUCGCGUCGGAACGGCCUUGUCCUUGCUGAUUGGGGCUAAGAUCCUGAACGUGGAAGUACCGUUUUACUUCAAGAGCAUCGUCGAUUCCAUGAACGUGGAUUUUGCGACGCUCGGCGGCACGGCUUAUACAGUCGCCGGGUCCAUGAUCAUCGCUUACGGCGCCACCCGAAUCGGAGCCACGCUCUUCCAAGAACUCCGGAACGCAGUCUUUGCGAGUGUGGCCCAGAAAGCCAUUCGCAAAGUUGCGAGCAACGUCUUUGAGCACUUGCUCCGACUCGACCUCAACUUCCAUCUGUCCCGACAGACAGGCGGGUUGACGCGAGCUAUCGACCGUGGUACCAAGGGCAUCAGCUUCCUGCUGACGUCCAUGGUGUUCCAUGUGGUCCCGACUGCCCUUGAGAUCUCCCUCGUGUGCGGGAUAUUGACAUACCAGUAUGGCUUGCAGUUUGCUGCCAUCACGGCGGCCACCAUGGUUGCCUAUUCGGCCUUUACGAUAUCGACCACGGCGUGGCGAACCAAGUUCCGCAAGCAGGCCAACGCAGCAGACAACCGCGGGGCCACCGUGGCCGUGGACUCCCUCAUCAAUUACGAGGCGGUCAAGUACUUCAACAACGAAAAGUUUGAGGUUGCGCGCUACGAUCGUGCGCUCAAAGCGUACGAGGACGCGUCGAUCAAGGUGACGACAUCGCUGGCCUUCCUGAACUCGGGGCAGAACAUGAUCUUCUCGAGCGCGCUCGCCGCCACGAUGUACCUCGCCGCCAACGGGGUAGCCGCGGGCUCCCUGACGGUGGGCGACCUGGUCAUGGUCAACCAGCUGGUCUUCCAGCUGUCAGUGCCGCUAAACUUCCUGGGCUCCGUCUACCGCGAGCUGCGCCAGUCGCUGCUGGACAUGGAGACGCUGUUCAACCUGCAAAAGGUCAACGUGAACAUCCAGGAGAAGCCAAACGCGAAGCCGCUCCAGUUGAGCCAGGGCGGGCAGAUCCGCUUCGAGAACGUCACCUUUGGAUACCACCCCGACCGGCCGAUCCUCCGCAACGCGACCUUCACGAUCCCUGCGGGACAAAAGUUCGCGAUCGUCGGUCCUAGCGGGUGUGGCAAGUCCACCAUCUUGCGACUGCUGUUCCGGUACUACGACGUGCAAGAGGGCCGCGUCUUGAUCGACGGGCAGGACAUCCGAGACGUGACGCUGGAGAGCCUGCGGAAGGCGAUUGGUGUAGUGCCGCAGGACACGCCGCUGUUCAAUGACUCGAUCGCCCACAACAUCCGGUACGGACGGAUUGACGCGUCGGACGAGGAAGUCCGGCACGCUGCGCGACGGGCGCAUAUCCACGAGCUGAUCGAGCGAUUGCCUGAUGGGUACAAGACGGCUGUGGGAGAACGCGGCAUGAUGAUCUCGGGGGGUGAGAAGCAGCGGUUGGCCAUUUCGCGAUUGAUCCUGAAGGACCCGCAACUGUUUUUCUUCGAUGAAGCGACCUCUGCUCUCGACACCUACACCGAGCAAGCCCUACUGCAGAACAUCAACAGUAUCCUCAGAGAGAAGACGCGCACGAGCGUGUUCGUCGCGCACCGACUGCGGACCAUCUUCGACAGCGACCAGAUCCUCGUGCUGAAAGACGGCCACGUAGCGGAGCAAGGGUCGCACCGCGAUCUGCUCGAUCAAAACGGCAUAUACGCCGAGCUGUGGAAUGCCCAAGAGAUGUCGCUAGGAGACGCGGAAUAUGAAGAGACCGUCUAACUGAGGCGAGGCCGCGCUCGAAACAAGGGACAGGA